GAAAAAGGAGAGGGGAGAGGGCAUGAGAUAAACCGUGGUGGAUUCAGAGGCAGACAUUGGAUUGGCAUGGCUGUGUGCAGCUCAGUAAUUCAACCUACAUCCACAAGGCUCGUGCCUGGACAUUUGGAUUGUCUCUCAAACAGCUUAGAGAUGGUGGUGAACAGAACAGCGCUGAGCUGGGCUUUGUUUUUACAGCAUGUUGCAGGGCACUGGGAGAUAGGGAGAGAGAAUUAAGAGCGAGCGGGGGCAACAUCACCACACAUCUGAGCGAUGCUCCGUGAGCUCUGUUUUUUUCACACCGCCGGGCUUUUCUGCACAAAGACUUCGGACUAAUGGACGAAUGCAGCAAUGCAACUCUUUGCUUGUCAUGCUUGAAUUACUGUUUCAUAUAUCCUUUUUUGUCACAGCAAUCAUUGUCUUUGUCUAUCACUGCUGCCAGACGAGCUGUGGGGUAGUGUGGCGGACACAGCUUUCUCUUCUACCCCCCUCUCCCUUGUCUGUUUCCCUCACUUCUCUUCUCUCCCAGCUCGCUCGUGUUAAUUUACCUCUUCUGAGCUACGCUCCCCUCUGUGUUCUCCUCUGUUGUUCUCACUGGUUACUGUCAGGAUCUCGUUGCACAUUUGAAUCAGACAGACCGCUGUUCUAUCUUAGCAGCUUGUUACACAAUCUACUAGAAAACUGUUUUCCUCUGCUGUUCUGCUGUCACACAAUCCCUAAGCUCUGUCAGGUAUCUCUCUUCAUAACGUCAGGAUGCUCAUUCAAGACGAUUGAUCCCUUUCAUUCCCUUCACUCGUCCCUCCCCCUCCCUUCUCCCAAUCCUCUGCCCUCUGACCCCUGCCUUUUUGUUCUUAACCCCCAUCCAUUUCCUCCGUUUUGUCCUUAACCUAAACCUCCUCACCCCUAAUUCAUUUGACCCUCUCGACCAUGUUGCCAUGGGUCUACUGGCUUCAACCUAUCCUCAUCUUGCUGUCCUCCGUCUUUUGGACCUGGGGCGAAAACUGCCCAGCAACCUGCCUGUGCCCAGAUCCUCACACUGUGGACUGUAGUGGCAGGGGGUUAACCCGUCUUCCUGAAGAGAUCCCUUUGGAUGUCCGGAGGCUUUUGCUGGCUGACAACUGGAUACCCCGCAUUCCCUCGGAUUUUCUGGUUCUGUACAGUGACUUGGUCUACUUGGACCUCCGGAACAAUUCCCUGUCUUACAUAGAACCUGGGACCCUAAGCACUUCCUCCAGGUUGGUCUUCCUCGACCUAGGUAGCAACAAUCUGACCGAAAUCCCAAAGGGGACUUUUGGGGAGUCCCGGAGCUUGAUCAAACUGCGACUGGGGAACAACCCGUAUUUGAGCAUGGUGAACGAGGACGCCUUCCUGGGCCUCACCUCUCUGCGAGAACUUGAACUGGAACGUAAUGCACUAUCUACCCUAAAGGUGGGCGCUUUGAGUCAGUUGCCCUCCUUGCGGGUGGUGAGACUAGAAGGCAACCCAUGGGUGUGCAACUGCAACUUUACCAACCUGUUUGAAUGGUUGAUGGAAAAUCGACACAAGCUUCCAAAUGGGGUGGAAGGCAUGGAGUGCUCCCUUCCUAUGGAUGGCAGACGCGUUUCUCUGACGCAGCUUUCAAAGGACAGCUUUCGUGAGUGCCAGGCCACCUUGACUCUAACAGACCUGCUCAUCAUUAUUUUCUCUGGCAUCUCUGUGUCUGUGGUGGCCAUCAUGACUAGCUUCUUUUUGGCUUCCACUGUUCAUUGCUUCCAGCGCUGGAGUAAAGGCACCAAGGGAGAUGAAGAGGAGAGCGAGGAGUGAAAAGAAUUUCGUUUUAAGGAUGUAUGUUGUCCUGGUACUCCAAGCUUGUUGACACUCGAGACAAGAGAGUGUGGUCAGUGCUGUCUCCUACUUGGUGAAGCUUCAGAACCCUUGGAUCAUGGAUUGGUACAGUUGCAGUCAAAAUAUGGAUAUACAUAUUAUACUAAUAAAUGACAUCUCAAA